AUGGACUCUUCUGAACACCAGGACGACCUCUCUGUGGGUGAUGUUUUCACCCCACAGGCUGACAGCGCCUUGUCCUGCGCGGAUUUUCCGACCAAUCAUCAUGUCUCGGACGUCCACAUGGGGGACCAGCAAUUGCCGCGUAAGCAGAUGGCCAACGAUAGAACCAAUGGCAAUAGUGCCAUGGUGUCACCUGCAUUCAAGCCAAACCUGCUACCGGUAAAGCCGCAACGUCGAAAGAAGAACAAGAAGAAGCAGGUCGGCCAGGUAGAUCCGGCGCUCUCGACCGUGCGUGGCUUCACACCAUUAGCCUCAGCCGAUGAGGACUCCGACUUUUCGACUACGAGCUCUAUACCCGCUACCUCCGUCUGUGGAAGUCCCUCUGUUCACCCUGUUCCUCUCGGGAACUCCCGCCCUAGGUACUAA